CAUUUGGUGACAGACAUGGGCUUCCUGAGGCAGAUACGACUUUUGCUUUGGAAGAAUUGGACACUCAGGAAAAGGCAAAAGAUCCGUUUUAUUGUGGAACUUGUGUGGCCUUUGUCUUUAUUUGUCAUCCUGAUCUGGCUGAGGAAUGCCAACCCACUCUACAGCCAGCAUGAAUGCCAUUUCCCCAACAAGGCAAUGCCCUCAGCCGGACUUCUGCCGUGGCUCCAGGGAAUUUUUUGCAACAUGAACAAUCCUUGUUUCCAGAGCCCAACCCAGGGAGAAUCUCCUGGUAUCGUGUCAAACUAUAACAACUCCAUCUUGGCAAGGGUCUAUCGAGAUGUUCAAGAACUCUUGAUAAAUGCUCCAGAAAGUCAACUCCUUGGCCAAAUUUGGAAUGAGCUACGUAAAUUGUCCCAGCUCAUGGAGAUUCUAAGGAAUAAUCCUGAGAGAAUUGCAGGCAAAGGGAUUCGAAUCAAGGACAUUCUAAAAGAAGAAGAGACACUGACACAGUUCCUGGUGCACACAUUUGGCUUGCCUGACUCUGUGGUCUAUCUUCUGAUGACCUCUCAAGUCCGUCCUGAGCAGUUCGCCUAUGGGGUCCCAGACCUGAUGCUGAAAGACAUUGCCUGUAGUGAAACCCUUCUGAACCGAUUCAUCAUCUUCAGCCAGCGAGGAGGGGCGCGGACCGUCCAGAGAGCCAUGUGCCCCCUCUCCCAAGGCAGCCUGCAGUGGGUGGAAGAUGCCCUCUAUUCUAACGUGGACUUCUUUAAGCUCUUUCAGCUGGGGCUGCACCCGAUGACCUCUGAAGCCCUUCUAGCUCUCCUACGACCCUAUGACUCCUGGCAGCAUCCAUCUUCGGAGGCCCAGUCUGGUUCCCACAAGCCACACAUACCAGAACCCGAGUCCCCACCAAGAGUCAGAGGCCCCUUUGGCCGGAUGCUCUGCCCAUUUUCACUCGAGUCUGAGAGCAUCGUGUGUCCAGUCUGUUUCACAUUCCCACCCCAGUCAGUCAAAGAGACUCUGUUCCCCGCAGCCUUUGGGAAACAACUGAGAAAAUGGCAUGUGGCUGUCUCCCAGGCUGGGGAGCUCCGGAAUGGGCCAGGAGCCCGGGGCAGGGGGUGUGGGGGUGGAGCUGGAGCAGCCCUAGCUGCGUGCUUGACCCUGGAUAAAUUUGAAAUCUAUGAUGAUGAAAUCCAACUCACCCACCGAGCGCUCUCCUUGCUGGAGCAGAAUCGAUUCUGGGCUGGAGUGGUAUUCUUUGAUAUGUACUCCUGGAACAGUGAGCUACCACACCAUGUGAAGUAUAAGAUCCGCAUGGACAUUGAUGCAGUGGAAAAAACCAAUAAGAUCAAAGACAGGUACUGGGAUCCUGGUCCAAGAGCUGACCCAGUGGAAGAUUUCCGUUAUAUAUGGGGUGGAUUUGCCUAUCUCCAGGACAUGAUUGAACAGGGGAUUAUAAGGAGCCAGACCAAGGCAGAAGUGCCUAUUGGAGUCUAUCUGCAGCAAAUGCCAUACCCCUGCUUUGUAGAUGAUGUCUUUAUGAUAACUCUGAACCGCUGCUUCCCAGUCUUCAUGGUGCUGGCCUGGAUCUACUCGGUAUCCAUGACUGUGAAGAGCAUUGUUCUGGAGAAGGAGAUGAGGUUAAAGGAGACCUUGAAAAACCGGGGUGUUUCCAAUAUGGUCAUCUGGUGCACCUGGUUCCUGGACAGCUUCUCCGUCAUGGCGAUGAGCACAUUCCUCUUAACAGCCUUCAUCACGCACGGCCGAGUUCUGCACUACAGCAACCCAGUUAUCCUUUUCUUGUUCCUCUUGGUGUUCUCCAUUGCCACCAUCAUGCAAUGCUUCCUCUUCAGUGCCUUCUUCUCCAAGGCCAACCUGGCAGCGGCUUGCAGUGGCGUCCUCUACUUCACCCUUUACCUGCCCCAUAUCCUGUGCUUUGCCUGGCAGGAACGGAUGACGGCUGAGCAGAAGACAUGGGUGAGUCUGCUGUCUCCCGUGGCAUUUGGGUUUGGCACCGAAUAUUUGUCUCGCUAUGAAGAGCAAGGCCUUGGCCUCCAGUGGGGCAACAUUGGCAAGAGCCCCAUGGAAGGAGAUGAAUUCAGUUUCUUGCUGUCCAUCAAAAUGAUGCUUAUUGAUGCUGUCCUUUAUGGCUUCCUGGCCUGGUAUCUCGACCAAGUGUUUCCAGGAGACUAUGGAACGCCACUUCCUUGGUUUUUCCUUCUUCAAGAGUCCUAUUGGCUUGGAGGUGAAGUGGUCCUCAAUGGCCACUUCAUUAGUUUGCAGCAGUCCAUCCUGACUGGGCUGCUCCCUGCUACUUCUGGUACUGUAUUGAUUGGUGGGAAAGACAUUGAGACCAGCAUGGACUCCAUCCGGCAAAACCUUGGCAUGUGCCCACAGCACAACAUCCUCUUCCACCAUCUCACAGUGGCCGAACACAUCCUACUUUAUGCACAACUGAAGGGGAAGUCUAGGAAGGAGGCCCAGCUGGAGAUGGAAACCAUGUUGGAAGACACAGGCCUUCACCACAAAAGGAAUGAAGAGGUUCAGAACCUGUCAGGGGGCAUGCAGAGGAAGCUCUCCGUUGCCAUUGCCUUCGUGGGAGAUGCCAAGGUAAUAGUUUUGGAUGAGCCCACCUCUGGGGUGGAUCCCUAUUCCAGGCGCUCCAUCUGGGAUCUGCUCUUGAAGUAUCGUUCAGGCAGAACCAUCAUCAUGUCCACUCAUCACAUGGAUGAGGCUGACCUCCUGGGGGACCGGAUCGCCAUCAUUUCCCAGGGGAGGCUCUACUGCUCGGGGACGCCCCUUUUUCUGAAGAACUGCUUUGGCACAGGUUUCUAUCUGACUUUGGUGCGUAAGAUGAAGAACAUCCAGAGCCAGGGGAAAGGCUGCGAGGGAGUCUGUAGCUGUACCCCCAAAGGACCCUCCAUCAGCUGCCCAGCCAGGGUUGAAGAGAUAACUGCAGAACAAGUACUGGACGGAGAUGUAAAUGAGCUGAUUGGAAUGAUUCACCAUCACGUGCCAGAAGCAAAACUAGUUGAAUGUAUUGGCCAAGAGCUUAUUUUUCUCCUCCCAAAUAAGGAUUUCAAGCAGAGAGCCUAUGCCAGCCUCUUCAGAGAGUUGGAGGAAACACUGCCCGACCUGGGCCUCAGCAGCUUUGGGAUUUCUGACACUCCUCUUGAAGAGGUAUAA